CUACCUCACACCUUCCCUGUCAGCCCUGCCGAGCCCUGUGGUGAGCCCAGGAGGGACCAUGACCUUCCAGUGUGCCUCAGGGCAGGGGUUUGACAGGAUGGUUCUGACUCAGCAAGGAGAAGACACAUCCCCCUGGACCCUGGACACACAGCCACACCCCAGUGGGCAGGUCCAGGCCCUGUUCCGUGUGGGCACCAUGAGCCCUAACCACAGGGGGACCUUCAGAUGCCAUGGCUAUUACAGUGACAGACCCCAGGUGUGGUCACCCCCCAGUGAUCCCCUGCAGCUCCUGGUCCCAGGGACCCUCCCUAAACCCACCAUCUGGGCUGAGCCAGGCCUUGUACUAUUCAGGGGGAGCCCUGUGACCCUUUGGUGUCAGGGGGUCCCGGGGGCCCAGGAGUUCCAUCUCUAUAAAGAAGGUGCAACAGCCCCCUGGGACAGACAGAGGCCGCGGGAGCCUGGGGACAAAGUUCACUUCUCUAUGAACAUGAAAGAUGAACACACAGGGAACUACAGCUGCCGCUAUCUCAGCCCCCCUGACUGCUCCGAGCCCAGUGACUCCCUGCAGCUGCUGGUGAUAGGAUACUACAACAAACCCUCCCUGUCAGCCCUGCCGAGCCCUGUGGUGACUCCAGGAGGGACCGUGACCCUCCAGUGUGCCUCACAGCAGAGAUUUGACAGGAUGGUUCUGACUCAGCAAGGAGAAGACACGUCCCCCUGGACCCUGGACACACAGCCACACCCCGGUGGGCAGGUCCAGGCCCUGUUCCGUGUGGGCCCUGUGACCCCCAGCCACAGGGGGACAUUCAGAUGCCAUGGCUAUUACAGUGACAGGCCCCACAAAUGGUCACCCCCCAGUGACCCCCUGCAGCUCCUGGUCUUAGGAGCAGCUGAUCCCCCCAGCCCCAUACGGAACAAGCCCAGCUCUGAGAAUGUCUCUCCCCUUGAAGACCACACUGCUGUGUCCACAGUGGCAGCCCCUCAGCCCCAGGACCACAGGGUGGAGAACGUGAUCCGGAUGGGCGUGGCUGCCCUGGUGCUGCUGGCCCUCGGGGUCCUGCUGUGGGAGGCUCGGCACAGCCAGAGGAGCACCCAGGGUGCCGCCACCUGCAGAAGGGACCCCCGGGGGACCCAGGAACCAUCCUGAGGGGAGGAUCCUGGGGUCUCUCUGGGCCUGGGAGGCUCUGAAGCAAAGCCACAGCAUGUGCUGGUGAGCCGAGUGCUGAAAGCCUCAUGGAGGGUGACAGAGCUUGUCAGGAGAGAGUCGGGGUCCCCAGGGGGCUUCCCUGUUAAAGCUGCUGCUCCCCCUGCUGCCUCUGCCUCUGUCUUCUCACCCCGUGACAGGAGGGGAUGGCACAUGCAGGUCUGGUCCUCACCGUCACACUGCCCUGCUGUCCCUGUCCUGCCUUUCUCGUCCCUGCUCUGUGUCACCCCCACCCUUCCCCUGACAGACUGUGUCUGUCCCAGAAUAAACAAGCGACGUAAGUU